AUGGACGAAAUCGAAAUUGCUGUGGAUUCAACUUUUCAUACCAUGGAAAAACCAUGGGGGGAGGAUGAUUGGAAGUCAGAUACAACUUCACUGGCUUCGGAAAUUGCUAGAGGUCGUGUAGAGAACGGUCGGAGAUAUCAAUCAUUCAAGUCAGAGGAAUACUGGACCCCAUCUGAUGAACAACAAUUCGAUGCAUAUGAAACUGGCCAUAUUGUGUAUCUGUUGAUGGAAAACAGUGCCUCCAAUCCAUUACACCUAGCACCCAUCGGUAAAAAUCCCAAACAUAUUCUCGAUGUCGGUACCGGUAAAGGCAGUUGGGCAAUUGAUGCCGCAGAUAUGUACCCAAAUACUGUUGUGCGUGGCGUCGAUCUGUUUCCUCCUCCGAUCAACUGGCUACCCCCAAAUUGUCAGUUCGAGGUAGAUGACCUAGUACGAGAAUGGACCUGGAGUAUGCCAUUCGACUUCAUCUUCCUGCGUCAUAUGCUAGGAUCAUUUGACCAAGAAGGCUGGGCGACACUAUAUAAGAGAUGCUACGAAAACCUGGAAUACGGCGGCUGGAUCGAACAAUUCGAAUUCGACAUCCGCGUCGAAUCAGAUGAUAACUCCCUCCCAGAGGACAGUUUACUCGCCAAAUGGGGAGAAACCUUCCUCGGAUGCUCCAACCGAGCGGGUCGGUCCCUAAGAGUCCAAGAAACGAUGCGAGAUUCUAUCGAGAAAGCCGGAUUCAUCGAUGUACACGAAAAAGUCUAUAAAGUCCCCGUAGGACCCUGGCCAAGGGAUAUGGUCCUCAAGGAAAUCGGCAGACUGAACCACGAGCACUGGUCUACUGGUAUGGAGGGAUACGCCAUGUGGUUACUUACCAAGUUUGGAGCACCGGAGCCAUGGACUCCUGAGGAGGUACAGGUUUAUCUUGCACAUGUUCGGGCAGAUUUGAAGAAUCCUAAAAUUCAUGGAUGGGAAUAUGCACGUCGGGUGUGGGCUAGGAAGCCCCGAAAGGAUGAAAUUGAUAGACAAGGGACCCCGAUCACACCUGAGCCUUGGUUGGGUGUCCUAUUAGAGAGGAUUGGGGAAUUGCUCAAAUGGCUCGACUGA